UUCAAAAGACAUCAUUAUAAUUUGAGAGGUGGAUGGUUUGCCCAGUGAUCUUCAAUAGAAAACAAGACUUUUUUUUUUGUAAAAUUUCUAUAUAUUUGAAUCCUGAAGGUAGAAAAAAUAAGAAAUGAGAGAUAUGUUAUUUUUAAUUCUAUUCCUUAAGCUCAUGAAAGGAUAAGAAGAAAAAAUCCUUCCAUGAAAAGGUUGUCAAAUUUUCCAUUUACAAAGAAACAGGAAAUCACUAGUCAAUCAUCAUGACGUAUCACAGCCGGAUGGUUAGGCAUCCUUCCGAGUCACUUUCUCACUGUUGAAGGCGAACUUUUCCACAUCAAGUAGUCUUUGAAUUUUCCAUUGUCUCUGUACAUAAAAAGCAAGAAGUUUCAUCAUCCAUAACACAGAAAAAUUAGUACUCAAUGAAGGCAAAAGUUAUAGAAAUGAAGCACUUUGUUCUGGUGCAUGGAGCAUGCCAUGGAGCUUGGAUUUGGUACAAGUUUAAGCCCAUGCUUGAAUCGGCGGGGCACAAAGUCACGGCGUUCGACCUCGCAGCUUCUGGGAUUGACAUGAGGCCAAUCGAGGAAGUCUCAUCUGUUGAUGCUUACACUGAGCCGCUGCUGAAAGUCAUGGCGUCGAUUCCUGAGGAAGAAAAGGUGAUACUUGUCGGAGACAGUAUGGGAGGCAUCAACGCAGCUAUUGCAAUGGACAAGUAUCCACACAAGAUAGCACUCACCAUUUUCGUGAAUGCAUUCAUUCCAGACACCAUACACAAGCCAUCUUAUGUUUUGGACAAGUAUAUGGAGAAUCCACACGACUGGGCAGACACACAGUUCUCUUCUUAUAGCUGCGCUAACAACGAGACUAUAACAACAUUGUUGUUGGGUCCUGAAUUCAUGUUGAAAAAACUUUAUCAACAGAGCCCAGUGGAGGACUAUGAGCUAGUUAAGGCACUGACGAGGCGAGGAUCAUUUUUUCAAGAGGAUUUAGCGAAGCGAGAGAAAUUCACAGACGAAGGCUAUGGGUCAGUUACUAGAGUUUCUAUCAUAGGGGAGGAGGACAAGGCAAUAUCAGCUGAGUUCCAGCGUUGGAUGAACCAAAACUCUGGAGUUAAAACUGUUUAUACAAUUGAGGGUGGAGAUCAUAUGCUAAUGUUUUCAAAGCCACAAGAGAUGUUUGACCAUUUCUUAGAGAUAGCAGCUACAUAUGCAUAAUUAAGUUCCUUAAUAUCUACUUCUCCAUUUGUGUGUACCAUAUGCUACAGCAGGAAAAUUGUUAUCAUUGAUGUCUAAUAAUCUGACACAAAUAUGUACCUGGUUUCCAUGUGCUAUGUCAUCAAGCUGUAAGUCCAAAUAAGCGUGUAAUAAUAAAUAUGGAGAUACCUGCUGGUUUCAUGCA